AAUAAAUAAAUAAAAAAGUGGAGCACCAAACCAAAUCAAAGAAACAUGUACGCGGUGUCCAUUAUCCCCUCAUUCGCGACCAUACGCACCAAGCGAGCGCACCCAAUCAGAGCAAUGCGAGCCGUGGUCCAGCGAGUUGCCUCUGCCAGCGUCCAGGUCGAAGGGCGCACUGUCUCCGAGAUUGGGCCCGGCCUAGUGGUCCUCGUCGGCCUCCACGAGUCCGACUCCGAAUCCGAUGCCGAGUUCAUAUGCAGGAAGGUGUUGAAUAUGAGAUUAUUCCCAAAUGAAAGUACUGGUAGAGGAUGGGACCAAAACGUAAUGCAGAAGAAAUAUGAAGUUCUACUAGUGAGUCAGUUUACAUUGUACGGAUUUUUGAAGGGUAACAAGCCGGAUUUUCAUGUGGCGAUGCCACCCCAGAAAGCAAAGCCCUUUUAUGCUUCUUUAGUUGAUAGGUUUAAGCAAUCCUACAAUCCAGACACAAUAAAAGAUGGCGUCUUUGGAGCAAUGAUGAAGGUCAGUUUGGUUAACGAUGGACCAGUCACAAUGCAGCUUGACUCGCAAUCACCCAAGAAUACAAAUGACGGAGAAAAUUCAUAGUUUGGUUUUGUUGAGUUCGACUUAUUAGCAGUAGGCAAUGGGCACCUGUUUUUCUAUUAACAAUGGAUGAUGGACCCUAGAAAUGAAAGUUGCUUGCAGGAUGUGAAAUUUGAUUUUGUUAAUUAAUAAAGUGAAGCUCUGACUCCUUAUGAAUCAUUGGGUCAUUUUAUUUUACACCUUGCUGAGGUGAACUGUCCACAUUUUCAGCAUGUUAUUUUUGUUAAGUACGCUGAAAGUGCAAUAGUUUGUAAAAUCUUACCAUUUUAAGAAUAUUAACAUUGACAAAUCACAUAUAGCAACCAUACCGGUUCUGUUGAUGGA